UAUGGCCCAAAGCUCCUCCUCAACCGGCCUCUUCCUCCUGCAUGUCUUGUGGCUUACCUUACUACUGUGAUGGUGAUGGUGGUGGUGCAGGUGGUGGUGGUGGUGGUGGUGUACAAAAGCCAUCUUGCUCCUGCUCUAUAUCCUGUCGCCCUGUCCUUCCUACCUCUCCCACCCAUCCCUACCUAAGCCUACCCUAUGUGGUGCUCACCAAACACAUGGCCAAUCUCUACCGAAAAAAAAUCAUCAACAAAAAGCUCCUGCGACACCUUGCUGGUGACUGGGAAGAUGUGGAGGCAGCUCGCCAAGUUCGCCUGCGGAAGCAUCGCACUGAGUGUUCCAUCCACACUGGUGGGGAAUCCAGCUCUGAAUCUGAUGAUGAUACUCCUCAGCAUCACCAACAGUCAAAAAGUACCCAGCCAUGUUCUGACUCCGAGUGCUCAAGUGAUUCCAGUAGUGGGUAUUGGGUGGGUGGUGGCCCUACCCAUGGGGAACAGAACCAAGGAUUUAAUGUUUUCUCACCACUGCCAUCAAGGAAAUUGUAUCACCCACCUGCUCCAAGUCAAGCCUCAAGUAAUCUGCAAAAGUGGCGGUUUCAGGCCUCCCCAAUACCAGGCUCUCUUUCCACCUCAGAGGAAUCUGGAGCCUCCAGUGAAGGCAGUAAUCCAUAUGGUUACAUACGCUAUUUCAACUCUGACAAUCCAUCUACCCCACUACAAGAUGAGGAGGGCCCAUGUCGUCGUUUUACUUAUACACAGCCUUCUCAGGAGCCCCAUGUCAUCACCCAGGGGGAAAAGAGCUCUUCUUGUAAUGACUUCUAUAAUAUGUCUGAAGACCCUUGGGCCACUCCAGGUCUUACAGCAUGGGGCCACCAUCGACAAGAACAUCUCCAACAAGUAUCAGAAGACUCCCAGGAUUACUUUCCUAAAGAAUCUUGCAAGAAAGUGGCAGAGCUUCAAGUGCCCAGAAUUAUAGUUCCUGGUCACCCCAGCAGUAAUCUUCCUAGCUUAACCCUUUCCCAGUCACAUCCCACCCUCACUCCCCAACAAAGUGAGGAAGACCAAAGUUUCAUAAGAAUACCCCCAAGGGCUAAGACAGUUCACUCUUCUACUCUCACCAUUCCUGCUGCUCCAAUGUUGCUAGCUGGCCUUGCACACCCCCAAAGAGCAUCAGAGUGUGUGAGUUCAGAGAGCUCUGCCAAUGUAUGCAACAAGACCAUAUAUGAGCCCUCUUCGUCUUCCUGUGAGGGCACCGAUCCUGAAAAAGUCCCUUGGGUAGGCGAGAAAUCAGAAAAGCGGAUGUUUCCCUUCAAGACUAAGCCAGACAUUGCUUAUUAUGUGUCUUCUUGCAGUGGAGAUGAAACUGGGGAGGAUGGUGCUGAUUAUUAUGAGAGUCACCGUAGACCCGAGCCACUUGUUCUGGCAUUAUCACACAGUGAACCCAAUCUCUGCCUUCCAAGCACACAAGAGAUUGAAACUCAAAACAAAUCACCAAAGUAUUCUAGCCAUUAUGUACAGCUGGUCCUUCCUUUGGAGGGCCCUGCCACUAAGGUAUGCAACUGUGAGGCCCACAGCCACCGCUCAUCAGAUUCUGGGCUAGCAGAUGUGAUACAUCAUCUGGAAUGCUGUCCUCUCCGCACUGAUACCCCUGGGCUAGGUCGUGGCUCUGGCACUUCCCACUCUUCUCAUUCCUCCCAGCUCUCCUCUACCAAGUUCCUUCAAGGUCCCUCAUGGUACCCUGUCCGAGCAUUUACCCCUGACAGCUUGUUGCCCACACCAGUGACCUCCCCCAACACAUCUGCUCCAGUGUCUUAUGCUGAGGAUUCCCUUACCUCCUUGCUGGACUCUGUUAGUUUGCAGCACUCCCCAGCUGAGCAGGAGACAGGAGCAGAAGAAGGUGUGUAUCGUUCAGGGUUGUAUGCACACUGGUGGAUGAAGGCAAGUGUGUGUCCUCGCCUUUUGGUCCUUGACCGUUCCAGAAAGGACUACCUCAGGUUUAGAGCAGAAAAGAAACCAGAUGUUCCCCCUAAACCUAGAUUCCUGAAACCUUCUUAUCAUGUCCGACGGGGAGGAAAUAAAGGUGGAGUGGUGAAACCAGUGGCUCGGUGUGCUGCCACUCAGACUAGCUCUUCACCUCCUGCUGAAGAUCAUCAGUGUGCUCACCCUAGGCUCAAGAAAACUUCUUUACAUCUCAGCCCACAAACUUCUCUCACCAUGUCACGUGACCGCAGCUUUGAGUCUCAAGUAUCUCAAAUUUCCCAAGUGACUGUGGUGCCCAGACUCAGGAGAGAGAGGGAGUCCCAGACAGGCUCAGGAGCACGGCCAGGUGUGCAUACACUGCAGGUAUUAGGUAAGAAUUCACAAGAAUCCAGUGGAACAGACCUCUCAAGCCUCCACAGCUUCAGUGAAUCCUGUGAAGGAGCAGGGCAGCAGCCUCACUUGAGAGACUCUUGUGAGGGUCUAGAUGUGGACUUCCAGAGACGUGCAUCCUCACACUCCCUGCACACCACUGCCACUUCCAGCUCAGCCUCUUCUGCACCAUACAAGUCCACAUUAUAUUGGCAUUUGCCUUCUGCUCAUGGAGGGAGUGCCCCGCAGCAGUUUGGUAGUCUCUCAUCACAAAGUAGCAGUGGUGCUACUCUCACCGGAAAUUUAAUCUCUCCCCCCAUGGAAGGAUUCCAAAACUUUGGGAGGCCCACCAUUCCUCCAAAACCUAUACAUCUUCAGUCCUGGCCCAUUCAGCGAUCAAGAAGCCUUCCAAGAUUGCCAGUGCCUACCACCAUCUCUGUCCACACUCAAAGCAAGGAUCACGCCAGUUAGGUGCUACCCUUGGCUGCUGCUCUUGUUGUAUUUCCCUUCCUGAGGUGUUGCUGCUCCCUCACUUGUGGAGGUAGCCAUCCUGCCCAGCCUCCCUUCCCACACAGCAGUAACAGCAGUAAUCAUUAGAACACCCAUAGAGUGGUGUUGCUCGCUCAGAGCCAGGGUGUUCUCCUUCAUUGGGUACGUCACAGAGUGGCAACAACUGAUGACAGAACAAAGUGGACCCUUUGCUUUUUUUAUAUAAUAUUUGAUCCAUUAUGAAGUAACAAUAAUUACAUUUGUUUUGCUUUUACAAAUAAUUCCAUCUGUGUUUAGCUUUAGUUGUGCUGUGGAGUAGCUGAUCUGUAGGAGUAGAGUGUGGUGAUUUCCUGUGUGGCAUAGAGAAUGCAGCUUAGUACUGGUGGUACAGUCAUGGCCAAGAGUUAAACAGCAUUCCACACUCACUUCCACCAUGUUUAAAGUUUUUCCUUAUUCUCAAGUUUUUUGAUCUGCUAAAAAUCUAUCAGUUGUCAGGUUUUGUAAGUAGAUUGUCAGCAGACCAGAUAACUUUAGAUUAAGGAGGAACAUAAAUCAGAGUGAAAGUGAAUGCAGAAAGUUACUCAAAUUGUGACCAUUUCUAUACCCUUACAGGAUUACAGAGCAACUAACAUCAUCAUAAUUUUAUCACUUAUUGAGCCUGUUUAUAAGGAGACAUGCUUUUUUAUUAUUGUGCUGUAGAAUUAGGAAAACUUGCUGUGACUAUAUAUGAAUUCAUGUAAGUAGGUGAUUCACAUUUACCAGUGUCAUCAUUGCUCUUUUUAGAUAGGUCAAGAUUUUAGAUGCAAGAAGUUUGUUAGAGGCAGACUCUUACAUGAUAUUGUGUUCUUCAUCACAAUGCACACUGCUGCAGGAAAUGAGUCACUUUGGUGUAGAAUUUUUUAGAAAACAAAAAUGCCCUUAGGAGAUAGAUUUUAUUACAGGUAUCAUCUAUACUGCUAAUUUUAAUAACAGUUUGAAUAAUUUUGCUAGUGUGUGGCUAACAUCUAUUAUGUUACAGUACUUGUUGUUCACUCUCAACCAUAAACCAACAAAUAAAUCAGAGUUGAUUGACUCUGAGGUAGUGCAGGUACCAUAAUUACCAUCUUGUUCCAGGUGACUAGACAUACCUGCAGAUACCUGCUAAUACCUUGCUCUCCCAGCCUUUCCCCUCCUUCCCUCCCUCCCUCCUUUCCUCUAUCUACUUCUUUCUUAUUGCAUGUUUCUGUGGACAAGCAUGCUUUGGUGUUUUUUGUACAUCUCACGUAAGUUGUGUUGCUUAUUUCAAUUUGUCACUUUCUCCUGAGACUCUGAGGCUGAUUCCUGUGAAAUCAUUUUGCUGUAGCCAUGAGUGUUAUUGACUUACAAUGAAGACAGAUUUUUUUUUUUUUUUUUCUCUCUUUCUAAAUGACUAACCUGUUUUCAGUCAUACUGUAGGUCCAGUUUCUUGCUUGAUUCAGCUCUUAGGGGUGUGUGUGUGUGUGUGUGUGUGUGUGUGUGUGUGUGUGUGUGUGUGUGUGUGUGUGUGUGUGUGUGUGUGUGUGUGUGUGUGUGUGUGUGU